UGUUGAUUCCAAAAUGGUUCCAAUGGUGUCGCCAAUCGCUUCCUUCCCACGGGUGACAAACGUUUGCGCUGCUUCGCUCGGAGACCGUUACUAUAAUGCGAGCUGUAGCGGCGCUGCCUUGGCAUUGCAAAACCUUGCCGGACCGACGGAUGCCUUGGGAUUCCCCCCCAUCGAUACCUGGGGUUGGCCCCCAUCACAAUUCGUUAUCGUCGUCGACGUCGUUGUUUUGGGGUCGGUAGCAACGCAAACCCACACAACUACAGUUCUGCUUGGAGAGCCACAACCUGUCACACGAAACAACCGUAACCGCGCUCGGCAGUGAUCGCCGAUCGCCAGGGCUGCGUCAUCGAAACCUUGGCGCUACAGUUUGGUGCUCGUGUCUGUGAGGAGAGCGGGCGCACACGCGCGAAGACAACGCGAAAAGCGAAACCAGUUCUUUGCGCAGCUUUGGCGCGGCACUGCGAAGACACCGAAGACAUACGCACACGUCUCGCGCCUCGCUUCCGCCUGGCGCGUGCUACACCGAUGCGAAAUCAAUGUUCCGAGAGCUGUUUUGUUGAUUUCAAUGUCGAAGAACCGCCGCUGAGGACUGGCACUGGCAUUAUGGGGCAGGGAAAAAAACCAGUUCUCGCUCUCGUCCCAUGGCUGCGGAGGGUGAUGAUGAUUUGGACAAACCUGCGCGAUGUUGAUAUCUAGCAGAGGUGAUCAGUUCUGCGUGGUACCGUCUUCCGGACAGAGUGAAUUCUCUUCAGCGGUGUCGUCGCCGUCGUCUGCGGUGUGACAUCACUUCACCUACGAUGAUGCUACGUACGGUUGUUUUGUGUGCGUUGUUACUACUCUCGACCGAAUAUCCAGGUGCUAACGGUCAACGUCGCUACGGACAGCAAGAUAACGGCGGACUGGAUGAAGAUCAGGCGCGCGGCUACGGAUACAGACAGGGGCAGCAGGGAGCGCUAGCGGGCGUUGGAGCCGGUUUUGGAUACAACCCAUACUACGGCACGCAGCAGCAGCAGUAUGGGUUAGGCGCACAGCCUAACCUGUUUGAGGUGGUGACGAAGAAUACGGCCGCCGUAUUUGAUAGCGUUAACAAACAGAUCGGGCAAACGUUGAAUGCCGUGUCGCGUCCGUUCGGUGCCGGAUUUGGAUUCUUGCCCGGAAUGUUCAUGCCUGGCAGUGGAGGAGCAGUGGGUACCGGUGCGUAUGCCGGCAAUUUUGGACAGUUUGGAUUGCCAGGUGCAUCCGGUUCGUUUGGGUUUGUGCCACCAGGUCAACAGGGUGGAUUUCCUCCCGGUCAGCCUGGUGGAUUUCCUCCAGGACAUCAUGAUCAUGGUCAUGGUCAUGGUCAUGGUCAUGGUCAUGGUUAUGGUCAUGGUCAUGAUCAUCAUCAUCACGGUCCUCCACCGAACGGUUUCCAGGAUAAUAAGAAGCCGCACGGUGGCGAUUGGUCUCAAGGUGGUCGCCCGCAGCACGGAGAUUGGCCACAUCAAGGUGGAUAUCAACCGACGGCACCGGGUGCUCCCACCAAGCCAGCCCCAGUAAAGCCAGUCCCUCCGACCCAACCACCGGCAGGACUUCCAGUAAUUCCACCGGCACCGCAGCCAACUCCACCACCACCAGCAGCAGUUGAUCCUAAUCCGCCACGUGUGAAUCCUGUCCCACCAUCUGACAACAAGGUUCCACCAGUAGCUCCUCCACCACCACCUCCAGUGGCACCUCCGCCACCUCCACCACCGUCCAGUGGCAACAAUCUUCCUCCAGUGGCACCUCCACCACCUCCACCACCACUAUCUCCACCAUCGGACAAUAACUGGUCAUCGAACAAUGUUCCUCCGGUAGCACCACCACCUCCUCCACCACCACCAGCAGGCAAUCCUCCACCGGUGCCACCGCCACCACCGGUCCCGAAAGAGAGCGUCCCACCGGAGGGCGAGGAGGACGAAAAGAACCCCGUGUAUGACAUUGACAUACGCGGCGAGUUCGAAGAGCCGAAGCCACGCGCCAAGCGACAGUUUUUCCCGAAUCUGUUCAACCAAAUCGGUGGCCUGGUAAAUACGGCCGUCAACUCGGCCGGCACCAUUGCGCAGGGUGCGCUGAAUGCGGGCCAGCAACAGGGCGCCGGUUUCCCGAACUUCUUCGCCCCGGGACGACCUCCACGGCCGCAGCAACCGACACAGCAGUCACCACAGUUCCCUCAGCAAGCUCCAAACAAUCCACCCCAGCCACCACCGCCGUCACCGCCCCAAAAUCCGCCAACACCACAAGAUACGAAAACACCUGAGCUGAAUCUACAAAACCUUGGACAGGACGGCAUGUACUGGACGUACGAAACGCUCGGUGUAACGCCACCGCCAGCCGGCCGUGUGCGCCGUAACUCCGAUGCUAUCUUCUUCCCGGAGGAUGAGGAUGAGGAUCGUUUCGCCAACUACAAGCCGCGGCCAACAGCGCCCCCGCAAGUGCGUCCACCAGCAGCCAGCGGCUCGAAUGCCGGCUCCCACAGUCAAGCGCAGAACGUGGCGAACGGGUUCGAGCAGAGCAGCGGAUCCAACAGCCAGUCGCAAACCGUCCAAAACCAGCACGGAAUCUUCAACCAGAAUGCGGCCGGCAGCACGUCGGGCAAUGUGGCGGUCGACGGGUCGUCCGGGCAGCUGAGCGCGGCCAACACGCAGCAGCAAAGCUUCCAGACGGCGCACGGUUCCGGCAGCCAGAAUCAGGCCAACAGCCAGUCGGCAAACUUUGACAAGAAUGGCAACCUGCAGCUGUCCAACUCGAACGCGAACACGAUGUCGAUCCGGGAGAAGGAUAAGUACAAGGAGCAGGCCAAUGCGGGCUCGUCCUCGGUCGUGCAGAACCAGUUCGGCCAAUCGUCCAGCAAUGCGCAGACCAACUCGGAAACGUUCUUCGAGAACGGGGUGCAGGGUAACAAGAACACUGCCUCCAGCCAGAGCUUGCAGACGAACAAGGACGGUUCGGUGUCGGGCUCGCACAGUAACACCAUGUCCAACACGUUCACUGGACCGGGCGGGCUGACGGGUUCUUCGUCCUCCAGCCAGUCGUCUUCGUUUAACCAAGGGCUUAACGGUGGCUUCAGCGGAGCUACCAGUGGCGCUUCGUCAGGUGCUGGCGGUGGCGGUGCAUCGUCUAGCAGCUCUUCGGCAAGCUCGUCCGCGACUGGGCCGCUUUCGUUUAGCAUUAGCGGAUCGUUCGCUGGGCUCCCUGUUGGGCAGGGUCCGUUGGCCAACUUUCUGCCCAAUCUGUUCCCCAAGCUGACGGGGCAGCAGCAAGUAUAUCGGAGUGUGUAACGAUAACCAUCCAGACCGUGUGAGCGUACGAGUUUAGUGUGUAAGAAGCGGAGGGAGGAAGAAUACAAGGGCACGCGAACUUCAAGUUUGCCGCUUUAUUGCAGGCCCACGUAAAAGACGUAAUUAUAUUUACUAAAAAAAGAGAACACACAAACACACACUCAAAAUAAGAAUAUUUGACCGUGACGGUUUCUUA